AUGCCACAAACUCGUUCCUCCGGCCCCCCAGGCGGCUUCGACUCUGACGAUGCUCCUGCCGAAAACAGUCAUCAUCACGAUGAAGCCGGACCCUCCGUUCCGGCCAUUCGAGAGCCCAUCAGCGCCCAGGACAAAGGCAAGGCUCCAGCUGGUAAUGUCCCAACCGACGACCAGCAGGCCCAGCUCCAGGCCUUGAGCAACGAGAUCAAUGAUCUGCGAGCUCGUCUCAGCUCGUAUGACCAUCGAAGCGUGGACACACCGAUCCAGUCAACUGAGAUGGACUAUGGGAUGCAACAAUCGGUGUAUCCCCCGGCGGUGCACUUUGCACCUACCCCGGCUUUCGCCCGGGCCGAAGCCCAUCAGCCUCGACGAGAGGCUCUCCCCCGCAGCGAGUCCCCCCGCCGAGGGGUGUCGCGCAGUGAAUCUCCUCGCAGAGAACCUCAUCGCCGUGAAGACUCAACCUUCACCGGCCCCAUGGACGACCACCCUGUUCCUUUCGCAGAGGACGAACAGCUUGCAAUCCAGUUCAUCAGGAACCACCAAUCGCCGAGCAAGCUAUUCAAGAACAGGGGUAUGUCGACUGGUAAGAUCACUCCUCUUAGUGGUCGGGCCAACUACAAGGAAUGGUCAAUUGACGUGAGUCAAUAUUUCACGGCGAAAUUCAUGCGGGAACUGUUGACCGGAAAAGCCGGUAAUCUCCCGGAAGACCAUAAAUACUAUACGUAUCUGGAGACGCUCAAGACAAUUGACGACACAGACUCCUUGAUUGCCUGCGCGCCAAUUGUCUUGAGCGUCUCCAGAUACGUAUAG